GGGUAGUCUACAACCCAUUUCCUCAAUGCCUUCCCCUAAGAAUGAAUGUUCCAUGGUCCCGCAGCAUUGGGUGGAAGUAACGGGCGAGAACCAAGCUAGACCAAAACAGGAAACCCGUCUGAUUGCUGGCGCCGUCUUAUCGAAGAUUUUCCAAAAGUUCUUGGAGAACAUACCCAGCCAGCACUCUAAAAUCUUCUCCCCAGACUUGCACUCGAAAUAAUCCACGGUCUAUCUCUCAAAAUGGUACCCAAACGCCCUCUCGAAAAGGCGCCCUCUGGCAAAAAGCCCCAACCUGACGCCACGGCCAACAAGAAGCGCAAGGGCUUCUCCGUCGGUCCUGCAAAUCUACCCGACGGCACCUAUCGUCGCAAAGCCCAAAAAAUCAAAGCCGACCUGAUCCAAAAAGCCAAGGUCAAGAAGGAGUAUGCCAAAGUAAAAGCCGCCGAACUCGCCGCGCCCCAGCCGAAGCAAUUUUAUCUCCGGCGAGAAGAGGAGGAAAGGAAGGAUGAGGAUGGCAAAGAGCAGGUCGCAGAGCCUGCAGGCUUGGAACUCCACCCGGAUCGACAGGCGAUGGUGGAUUCUGGCGAACCGGCGCCUGAGCAGGUAGAAGGGAGAGGAGGACCAGGAGGACGGAAAAACCGAAAACCAAAGCCCUCGGCAUUUGCAAAGGAGAUGGAGAUUGCGGAAAAGAGAAGGCAGGCAGCCGAGAAGAAGAGAGAGCAACGCGAGUUUAGGGCGAAGGAUAGAGAGGCUAUGGCGCGGGCGAAGCGGCCGGACCAGCAUGGAAAGAGGAGAUUAGGGAGAGAGAGCCAAGUUUUGCUCAGUCGGGUUCAGAGGAUGGUCGGCGAGUCUGCGUAGAUGCAGAAGGCUGGACAAAAAAGUGAUUUCUUGCAAGCAUGAUGAUACCCGAUGUAUGAUGGUUAUUGUUUUGUUUUACCUUUUUUUUAACGUAUAAUUUGUAUAGACGGAUGGUACUUUUCUAUUUAGCCCAAGGAAUUGAACAUUUUAAAAUCGUCAUGAAGC